GAUUAACCGUGAUUUAUCCUACGAAAAAGAUGAGUGCGAUGCUGUUAAAUAGCUUAAUAGAAUGUGGUUUCAAGGUAUGUCGUUUUUGUCUGCAGUCUAAUGAAGAAGAGCUAUCCGAUAUUUACAAGGAGGACCUGGAGAAAACAGUUAGCAUGAACAUUACAGUUCGCAAUGUUCUCAACUUAUUGGAGAUUUCUGUUUCUCCGAGUGAUGCAAACCCGAAGUUUAUCUGUCGAGUCUGCCGGAAAUUACUGUUCUCCAUCCAGCGUUUCCGCGACACAGUGCACAAAUCGGCUCAAACCAUAGCACAAGCGAAACUACUGAAACAGUUUCCCAGUGUACGGUUUGCUGAGGUGUUCGAACCUGAAUAUGACGAGCCAGCAGCAAAGGUUAAAAUCAAAGAAGACGUUUCGAGCUACAAGUGCGAACCGGAAACUUCAACGCAAACGAUAAAAAUCGAGGAAGUAACUGUUAAAGAUGAACAAACAACUUUUCUGUGCGAUGAAAGUGAUAAACCUGCCGAGGAAGGUUUCGAAAAUCCUGAUGGGGCUGUCUCAGAAAGUGAGUAUCCAGAAACGGAGUGGGUUGUGUACGAUGAAGUUACAGAUGAUAUGCAGGAGGAUAAAUUGGAACAGAGUAUUACUCAAAGUGAACCCGAUACGGUUGAAACCAAAAAUGUUGUUCCAAUAACUUUGGAGAUACACAAAAACGAGUCAGAACAGGAUACGCCGAGUAAAAAGCGUAGUAAUGCUAAACAGUAUGCUAGAUUGUGCACUAUAUGCGGGGCAUCUUCAACUGCUAUGGUCGUUCAUAUGCGAACACAUUCCAAAGAUAAACCCUUUGUCUGUGAAACCUGCAAUAAGGGUUUCUAUACUCGCAAUAAGUUGCGGUGCCACAUUAACUCGGUCCAUCUGAACAUAAGGGAAUUCCAUUGCGAGCUUUGUGAGAAAUCGUUUGUGCUGAGGAAAACAUUAAAAGCCCACAUGCUGUCUCAUAUGGCGGAAAAAUCACACGUUUGUUCUUACUGUCCCAAGAGUUUUCUGUAUCGAUGGGCUCGAACCAAACACGAACGGACCCACACGGGUGAAAAACCCUUCCGCUGCACUCUGGACGGUUGUGGGAAAAGUUUCGCUUCGUCGUCGAAUCUGCGCCAGCAUCAGAAAACUGGUGCCCAUCAAGGGCAUCGGCAAAACAAAACGUGACUUGAAAUAGAGA